GCGGGGCCGGGCCGGGCCCUCGGCUGCCGGCGGGCGGGCCCAGCCCAGCCCGGCCCGGCCGGGAGCGCUUCUCCGCGGCCUCCCUCGGUCUUGAUUUCAGCCUGUCAUUUUGCGUGUAAAUCACUGGGUUGGGACUCGAGUUCAGAUCAAGAUCAGAUGUGCAUUUCAAAGCCAGUAGCCGUUCUGGAGUGAUCUCAUGUGGUGGUUGGUUUCUGUGGCAGAGGCAGAGCAACGUGUGGCAGGAUGUGUGAAGGGCCAUCCAGGAUUUCUGGACCCAUUCCUCCAGACCCAACGCUCUUUCCAGAGUAUUACAAACGCCCCGUCUCAGCUCGAGGGAGGCUGGAAGGAAAUGCUCAGAAGCUGUAUUUAACCUCCCUGGACCCGGUUCCCAACCCCUACCCUGCUUUGGGCAGUGCCCGCCAGGCCCAGCCAGCCCCUCGCAUUCGCCCCAGUGGAAAGGACUUCCUGGAGAGGGGACAGAAAGGGACACUCAGCCUCUUACUGCAGCUCCAAGGGCUCUCCCUUGACGAGGGAAUGCCAGUUAAGAAGAAAGAGGCCAAGGACUACGAGAAGGAAAAUGUGAGGCGGAUAAAGGAGAUUCAGAAGAAGUGCAAAGAGAAGGAGCGAGCCCAAGAGCGCAGCCAGCCCAAGCCUGUGAAAGCUCUGUGGAAAUCCCAGAAAUACGAAAAUGUGGAGUCAAAGGUGAAGGCCAAGCUGCAGGAGACCUCCCCACCUCCCAAUCCCGAGGCUGUGAAUUUCCUGAGGGCGUAUUCCCGCUGUGGCUCUGGGAUCAGGCCACUGUCCCCAAGGCCUGUCAGAGCAAAAGCAGGAGCAGACCCAGAGGCACAGGGUACUGAAAGCAAGAUGCAGGUGGAGGGCAGGAGCGUUGACUUCAUCAGGCACAACGCCUGCACUGCCAAGCGGGCCCCGCUGCGCCGCUCCCAGUCCCUGCAGGCGCUGGCCGAGCUGCUGGAGCAGAAGCACCGGGAGCAGGAGGAAUACAACGCCAAGCAAAAGGGCCACGUCCCCCAGUACCUGCUGGAGAGGAAGGAGCUGUGGCGCAAGCAGAUGGAGGAGCGGCUGCGAAACCUGCCAGACCCCGACACGCCGCCCGGGCACACCAUGAUGCCUGAGGGCCAGCGCCUGGAGACCCUUGGCAACCUGAAGCAAAGCCAGGAACAGCUGAUAAAGGACCUGGUUCUGCUGCCAAUGCGUGGAGACAGCCUCAAGAUGCAGAAGAGGAGGGUAGAGCUCGAGAGGAAGCUCUCCCAGAUAGACGAGGCAAUCAAAAUUUUCUCAAGGCCAAAAGUCUUCAUCAAGUUGGACUCCUGAGCUGGUGGGGCCAGGUGUGCUGUGCUGCUCUGCCUGAACCUCCUUUGUUGCUGGGCAGGAAUGGACACCACUUUCUGGGAGGGAAGGAGAGGAAGCCAAGUUCCAGACCCUGGGCCCAUGCAGGUGCCGAUAACAGUGUCCAGUACGCAGCUGGCAUCUCUUGCUCACCUUUCAGUCCACAGAAAAGGGAGGGAGAUGCCCUAAAAAAGGCCCUGCUCAGUGGUCUGGGGAACAGUUGUCUCUGCUGCUUGACUUCUCACAGAUCAGCUCUCUCCUCUGGGUCUGUGGCAUCACCUCUUACUUUCCCUUUUUUUCCUACUUCUAGAAACUGGUGGGAGGUCUUUUGUGCUGCUCCCUGUGCUAUUCCUUGUUAUUCUCCUUCUCCUGAGCUGGACCAUGGUCAUGGCUCAUCCUGAGCCCCUGAGAGCUGAGGGGACAGCUUGGGGACAAGAAGGGGGCACAGAACUUCAGUGUUUUCUGCCCAGGAGAGGGCUGAGUUUUCAGGAGGGUCUGGUCGGAUGUCUGGAGAAACCUUUGUUGUCUGUGGUGCAGGAGAUACUCCAAUAAAUCAUCAUUUCCAUCUUGCA